AUAGUGAUGUACAUAGGCCAGGUCUCCAAGGACAUCCUGAAGUGGCCUCGGCCCCUCUCGCCACCUGUCGUCAAGCUGGAGAUGAGGACGGAUGCAGAGUAUGGGAUGCCUUCCACCCAUGCCAUGGCAGCCACCGCCAUCUCCUUCUCCUUUCUCAUCGCAACCGUGAACCAGUACAAGUAUCCGUUCGAACUAGGCUUGGCAGCGGCGUUCGUGUUUUCGACGCUGGUGUGUCUCAGCAGGCUCUACACGGGGAUGCACACAGUCCUGGACGUGAUCGGUGGAGCGCUGAUUUCGGCUGUGCUGCUCGUGGUCUUAUAUCCUGUGUGGGACAUGAUAGAUCAUUUGCUGUUAACUAGUCCCUUCUGUCCACUGUUUUCCAUAGUUGUGCCUCUUGUCUUAUGUUACAACUACCCCAAACUAGACUAUUACAGCCCUACCAGGGGAGACACCACUACUAUCUUAGGAGCAGGAGCUGGAGCAACUGUGGGAUUUUGGUUAAACAACCAGUAUGCUGCGCCAGCCUACACCAGUGAAAAUUUUCAGCUUGGGUUUCCUCUGAUUACCACUAAAAUAGUGGCGGUCGUGCUAGCCAGGUUCUUUGUAGGCAUCUUUGUUGUUCUACUGACGCGCCGGCUGAUGAAGAGCGUGGUCCUUGGCAUGCUGGGUUAUCGGUACAAGUUUCCCAUUGGCGACCUGGAAGCCCGAAGACGACUGGAAGUUGAAGUGCCGUAUAAAUUUAUAACGUACUCCUCCGUUGGCUUCACUGCUACUGUGAUUGUGCCGCUGCUGCACGAGCUGUUAGGAUUGAUGUGA